AUGUCGUCUUCACCGUUAUCCGACCAAUUUGCGCCUGUCACAAUUCUGCACAACACAGCACUCGGAUCGACAUUUCUGACGCUGGCACGAAACCCAUCCAGAUGUGAUGACGCUAGAUUUCCAAAGAUUCCAGGCUCCGAUCCGGGGCGUAUCCGUCAACCCUGCGAGCAUAGAUCCCCAGUGAUCAAACCAGGGACUGUCGAUGUAGUCCAUCGAUCAGAUUCACCGAGAACAGCGUUGACAUUUCUGGUGUGGAGGCUGUGGCGGUGUUCGACACCGAAAGUCUCCAAUGUUCAAGAGAAUGCCACCUACCAAGCUCAGCCAUCAAGCACAAACAAAUCGCGGUGGUAUCCAUUCUACUUGGCCGAAAACGCCUUGGACGUCUGUCAACAAAUCUGCUUCGCAGAAGCUUCGCAGAACCCCAUGAAGAAGUUCAUUCCUCGAAGGGUGACUCAGACAGCGGCACACUCCGAGACAUGCCCUGACCUCGGCCUAACAUAA